AAUAUCUGGAAAACAUUCUUCACAUGUGCGCACGUUUCUGUUUAUUCGAUUUAUUCCGAGGAUAUUUUGUUGAAAAUUGACCGAUCUGCUUGUUGAAAAUAGUGAUAACGGUGGCGAGAAAUCAAUUGCAAAAGUGGUUUGCUUUCAGUGAUUGCUAAAAGGAAAUUCCAACUCGAGAAACGAUGGUGUACGUUGAGCCAUCAUUUCCACGCGGCCGAAAGGUCGAAACCGAUGAGGACAAACCGCGAAAAAAGUUUAAAAAAUCGGCGGAAUAUGGUGCAUCAACGGCAAUCGAAGAGAAGCCUCAUAAGCUUCGCCCGAAGGACCGACAGCAGACGCGUCUGGAGCAGAUUGAACACGAUAAGGAAGAACUGGAACAGAGUGUGAGUGCGGCUUCGCUGCAAUUCAAAACGGCCCAGGAGGGAAUGCUACUGAUGGGAUGUGUGUACAAGAUUUCCAAAAUGGAUGUGAAAAUCUCGCUGCCGGGAAGACUGUUCGGUACGGUUCCAUUGAUGUCGAUUUCCGAGGCCUACACUACUCGACUGCACGGUUUGUUGCAGAAUAGCAUUGGAGGCACAGAGGAACGGUGUCCGGGGUUGGAUGAACUGUACAAAGUAGGGGAUUUGGUGUACAUAAAGAUUAAGGCUAAGUACAUCAAGGACAAACGGCUCGGACUUACACUGGAUCCGAAGGAUUUGCAUAGCGAAUUUAACUGCAAACAUCUGGUGGAAGGUCUGAUCCUAACUGCGACUAUUGAGGAAGAGGAAGAUCAUGGCUACCAAAUGAACGUAGGCAUAAAAAAUGUGCGAGCUUUUCUUCCAACGCACAAUGUAAGGAACAACACGAUGAUUGUUGGGAAAAACCUAUUUUGUUCAAUAGAGAAGGUAACUCAGGCGAAUGGUUCCGCGACGAUAAUUUUGAAGGCAUUCAAACCAACAGAACCCAGGAAGUUGGAAAUAGUUCAAGCAAAUAUUGAUUCGCUGGUACCGGGAUCGCUUGUGACAUUCACCGUUGAAUCGAUAUUAUCGAAUGGUUUGCAAGGAACGCUGUUUGACGAUACGGUCCCGGCGUUCGUCAACGAGAACAUGUUAGAGAGGCCCUUGUCGAAUCCGAAGAACUACGAAAUUUUUAAGCAGCUUCAAGCACGCAUCCUUUACGUGAUGCCCCACACCAAACACGUAUUUCUGACGUUGGCCCACUACGAUGGGAACAGAGUGCCCGUAACCGAUCCGAUUGCUCCGGGAAAGGUGAUAAAAGACGCCAAGAUAAUCCACAAAUGUCCUAGUGGCAUAUGGUUCCAGAUUGGCAAGAAACACAAGGCCUUGCUUCCGAGGUACAUUCUGAGAAGCAAAUACAACCAAAACUACGACGAACAAAUUGUAAUGGCCAAAUAUCAGAUAAACUCCGUUCACACUGUCCGGGUAAUGCGCUACGAAGCAUUCGAUCGGACCAUUAUUGUAACCGAUGAUGAUAAAACAAUCGAGACAAAGUAUUUCACCUUGAACGAUCUCAAAGUGGGAGACAUUUAUAACUGCCGCAUCACCAAAGUGUUGGACAAGAAGCGAGGCUAUCUGGUAGAGCUGGACAAUAUCAAAGGGAUUGUUACGUCACACAACUUUGAACCUUCGAAAACCUUCACCGUGAACCAGACCAUAAAGCUUCGUUUGAUCGCAAUCGAAGAGGAUCGCAAAAUGGCUCAAUUCUCCAACCAUUCUGAAUAUAUGAAGAAGUCAGCCAAGCUAGUAACCGCCAGAGAAGACAUCAAGCAAGGCCAGAAAUACCAAGGGACCGUGAUUUCCGAACAGGAAAAAUACUUCCUGGUAGCAUUCUGCAACAAGAUCACCGCUAUCCUGUUCAAGUUCUGUCGUUCCGUGACGCAGGAUCAGAACCGAAUUGCCCGAUUGAAACCGGGCAUUGUGGAGCGAUUCACUGUCCACGAAGUGACGGAAAACGGUGAAAAAAUAACCCUUGCCAUUCCAUUGACAGACGACAGUGAGAAUUUGGGCCACGUUGUCAAUGGUACCGUUACGGGAGUAUUUGCCACCGGCGCCGAUAUCUACCUGGUGAAGGAAAACGAAACUGGGGUCAUUCCUCCGGAGAUGUUUUCCGAUUUCCCAUCGCACAAUGCCAUCUUCCAGAGUGUACUGAAGGAAGGCGAACAGUUGCGGGCGGUCAAUGUGAAGGAGAACGUCUACAGCUGCCGGGAUGUGGACUAUUUCCGUCGGAAACCAACAUUAACGAAGGACGUUAAGGUUGGACAGAUUCUGCGAGCGUACUGUGUUGAGUUGUUGUCGACGGAAAAGAAAGUUUGCUUCCGGCUGGCGUUGAAGGAUUACCACAGGAAGGUGGUACUGAAGAUAAACAAACUGGCCGGGGAGGGAAAUUACAACGUUCCAAUCGAAGAGGGACAAGUGAUUAUGGCCAAGGUGAUCAAUCGAGUGAUGAAACCGGAAGGGGUGCUGUUGGUGGUAGCACCCAAGCUUGAGGAGGUGUGUACGCAGGGUGUGAACGAUGCCAUGCGCUACAUGCAGACCUAUUUAUGCGACGUGAAAGGACUCAUUCAAAGAUUUAAAUCCCGCGAUAAGCCAUUCGCUCAGUACACCGUUGGACAGGAGGUGAUGUGCGUGGUGGAGAGCUUGAUCGACGGUAGCGAUCAGAUGGUGGUGCGACUUGGCAGCGACGAACCAUCGGCUACCAUGGGAAUUGCAAUCAAAGAUCCCAAGAAAGAUGAUUACACCGUUGGCGAUCAACUUGAAGGUCGCAUCGUUUGGGUUGAUGUAGAGAAGCAGUUAGUCCACGUUUGCAUCGUACGGAAGUAUCUGAAACACUUGAUCGAUGAAGAGCAGGCAAAACUUCCGCAGGAAUUGUUCGAUAGUGAUGUAAGGCGGGAUUUUGUAACGUUGUUCCAAAACGAAUACGUUGCAGUGGGUUGUCUCUCGAAAGUGGACUGUCCGCUGGUUGUCGUACCGGUAAAAUGUCAUUACAACGACUUCCAAGUGUCGGCAUUGGGGAAAAAAGCACAGGUUGUUCUGGUUCGGGCAUCGGAAGGGUUAUUACAGGGAAUGACCGAGGAAUCCUACGACAAGUUUAAAGACUUUAAGAAAUCGAUUACGACUAAGAAGGACAAGGGGGACAAGGACUGCUGGCUGCCGGAUGAUUAUGAGGAGCCAAUACUGGAGGAUCCGGAAGAAUCCGACCCGGAAGAAAAUGUCGUCGAGAGCCACAGCGAUUCCGGAAUUGAUAAAGACGAAGGUGCAGAACAACCAGAACCUAAAGAGUCGAAAAAGAAAUCCAAGAAAAAGCAAAAGAAAACAGGGGUAUCAUCUGAGGAUCUGGUCAAGCUAAAGACAUCCAACGCAGUAGCAUCACCAGCCAAGGUGCUAAAAGUCAAGAAAGAGAAGAAAAAAGCUACUACCAAGAAACUUAAGUCCGGUAAACCCUUCGUCAUAAGCCAGUUGGAUGGAGCGGAUGACUUCGUAGCAAAGAAAAACAAGAACAAGAAGCAUUUUUUAUCCAAGCGCCCGGCUGCCAAUGCUCCACCUAACGUAGCGAGCAAGCAGUCGGGUUCCAAGAAUGGGCAGCUCGAGAAGAAGGACAAACUCCACCAGCUUACCCAGCAGACAAGCUUCAAAAGUAAGACAAAUAAGAACAAGAUCACCCUUCCAGUCACCGUUCAGAGACAGGACGUGAAGAAACAGCCGGAAGGCGUCAAGGUAGUAAAAGCUGCCUCGAAAAAGGAAAAACUACCCGGAGCGGAUGGCUUUUGGAGCACGAACCCAUCGGUUCGGAAGCAAGAUUCGGAAUCCAGCGAUGAUGAUGAACAACCGGAAGUGCAAAUGAAGAAGCGUCUCAACGCAAAGGAGCGUUUCGAGGCCAUCAAACAGGCGGAGAAACGAAUCCGUGAGAUCGAAGACGAACUGGCAGAUGAGUCGAUUGAUCCUCACACGCCCGACCAGUUCGACCGUGUGAUGCUAGCUCAACCGAACAGCAGUCUCCUGUGGAUUCGAUAUAUGGUAUUUCAUAUGGAGUCGGCUGAAGUGGAGAAGGCUAGAGCCGUGGCACGUCGGGCACUGAAGACCAUCAACUUCCGCGAGGAAGACGAACGCCUCAACGUGUGGAUUGCACUGCUUAAUCUUGAACUUCGAUAUGAAACCGUUGAAACGUUCAAAGAGGUACUGCAAGAAGCCGUUCAGUACAACGAUCCAUUCAAGGUGUACUCGAGGGUCAUCGAAAUCGCAAUUGAUUGCGGCAAAACACCGGAAGCAUUGGAGAUAAUCGACAUUUUGCAAAAAAGGUUCCGUAGACAACCAGAGAUGUGGCUUCUGAUUGCCGAUUCUUACUACAAAAUUGGACAUUCGAUCAAAGUGAAGCCUUUGCUAAGUAAGGCAUUGAAAUCGCUGGAGAACAAAGAACACAUCCCACUGAUUGUAAAGUUCGCCUUCCUGUACAACCGCAACAGUGAACGGGACGAGGCGCAUAUCCUGUUCGAGCAGAUCAUCACGUCUUAUCCGAAGCGAACCGACAUCUGGUCCCAGUACGUGGACAUGCUGGUAAAGGAUGGGUUGAUCGAUGUCGCACGUCAAACGUUGGACCGAGCCAUUGCCCAGCGGCUGCCGAUGAAGAACAUGAAAACACUGUACACCAAGUAUGUGGCAUUUGAGGAGAAACAUGGCGAUCGGGCAGCUGUGAAACGCAUCAAACAAGCGGCGGCUGAUUACGUUCAAACGCAGCUCAGCUCGAUAGGGGUGGCCAACAGCAGCGGAUGAAGUUUUUAUGGUGUUAUUAGUAAGAUACAACAAGAAUAUGUAUACAGUAGAG